CUUGCAAUAUUUUGCUCAAAAUUGAGGUAAAUGGCACCACCAGCACAGCAAAAAAUGAAGACCAAGGGCACAUUUGACGGAAAACGUGCCAAUAGAGAAACCAACCACAAUCGACCAGGGGGCAAGAAGAAGUGGGUCUCUGAGCACAAAGUAUUCGACGGCAGUAUUGGAGAAGGUCAAGGCUUUGCCUUCAAAAGGAAGGAGAAAGUGAAACAUGAAUACAACAAACUGCUACGGAAGGAGAGGAGGAAGAACACAGAGUUCAAAAGCCAAUAUACAGAACAGUACCCCGAACUGAGGCAUCUCUACGAGGCUGAGGCCGAGAAACGGAAUGAGGUUAAGACCAACAGAAUCAAAACCAAAGCUAGGAUGGCUGGCGCUGGUGGUCCAGUAGAGGAGGAAGCAGCUCCCAUGGCAGUGAAUGAAGCCCCCACGGACCAAGCUACAUCCAUAGACCCUGCAGCUGAUGCUGGCAUCUCCUCUGACAAGACUGACUCUGCCUCACAGCCCACUCCAGCAGUAGCGGCCUCAAAGAAUGACAGUCUACCCAUGAGUAACCGGAGUAAAAAGAAAAUGCUGAGGAAGACUUCCUAUCAGAAAACAAAAGAGGAGUUUGAAAGUGUUAAAGAAAAGCAGAAGAAUAAGAAAGAGGAGUUUUUGAAGAACAAGGAGCAGAAAGAAGAAGCUAUCAAGAAGUACAAACAGAAGAAAAUGGAGACAUUUCAGAUGCUGAGCAAAAAGACGAGGAAGGGGCAGCCCAACCUGAACCUACAGAUGGAAUACCUGCUCCAGAAGAUUCAAGGGACCGGGCCGGGAAAAUGACCCGGAAAAAUGGACGUCGAAGGCUUCAAAUAGCAAAUAAACAGUGGAACUCUUACUGUGAUGGUUUUAUAUCAUAGAUGAGUCUUGUUCUUC